GGUAAAGGUAAAAGUUGUUUGAGGGGUUUUUUACCCGGGUAAGAUCAGAGAACCCAUUAAUGGCGGCGAGACCCAUUUGGCUUUGUCUACUUCAGGCGUUUGCUUUCUUGGUGUUGAUCAAUCACCAAUGCCGUCGUCGCUUCUUCAAGGCCGUCGUCUUGGAACCCACGCCGGCGUCGUCAAGAUUAAGUGAAAUGGCUGGUCACAAGAUUGCUCAUGCCACAUUGAAGGGGCCAAGCGUUGUCAAGGAGAUAGUUAUUGGGGCAGUGCUUGGUUUGGUUGCUGGAGGCCUUUGGAAAAUGCAUCACUGGAAUGAGCCAAGUUACCUUGUUCUUGCUUAAAGAUAUCUUCCCUAGCAUCACUGGAAAAUGCAUCUGGUUGGGACCUUGUUCUUGCUUAAAGAUAUCUUGGUAACAGAAUUGAGGGUAAUGCUUCUCUGUUUUUGUAACAGAGCCAAGUUACCUGAAGUUCUUUUCCAACGCUACUGACUUCCCAUCGGAGGUCUACUAUAAUGUCUACAUUAUCAGCGGAGGUGGCACUGCUGGGUGCCCUUUGGCUGCGACACUAUCAUCCAGGUUUCGGGUCCUCCUGCUCAAAAGAGGUGGUGUUGCUUAUGGCAAUCAAACCUUGAUGACCCAGGAUGGUUUCUGUCAGCACUCAUGGAUGUCAAUGCCUUUGACUCUCCGACACAAGCCUUCACAUCUGAAGAUGGUGUUCCAAAUGUCCGAGGACGCAUUCUUCGAGGCAGCAGGGCCAUGAAUGCUGGUUUCUAUAUCCCUGCAGAUCAGGAGUUCUUCGAAAGAUCCACUUUCAAUUGAGAUCUUAAAGUAGGAUUCCAGUGGCUCAUCAUCUUCAUUAUGUCGGGCAGCUUAUGUUUGAUAAUCCCAGAAACGGCAUCCAAUUGUGCCACCAAUUCCACUGGAGCACUCACUCAUUCAAGCGGUUGGCAUUACUGAAUCAGGGGCUUACAUUGAAUCAGCCUCCACUGUCAUCCAAUUUGCAUCCCCAGCCUGUACUGUGGCCACUCUC